AUGUCGAUCAACGGGUUGACAGUCGAAGAAGACAGGCGUUCAUUGCCUUUUGUGCCCUUGGAAAGAGAGAUGAUAGCAUACAAUGCGGCUCCUGUGGUCAGCAUAAAAGUUUGGCCUGUUUUGGAAGCGGGAGCUGGACGCAACGAUGACAACAAAGUUCGAAAGAUCGGCGUCAAGGGCCGUCUUUUCGUUACCUCCCAGCGAUUGAUUUUCCUCAGCAAUGAGCAUACGAAACCGGUGCAAAAUCUUGUGAUAUUGUUCCGCCAGCUCACACUGCCCAGACACCAGGAUAGUCCCAUAACGCUUGUCAUGCCAUGGUUUGGAGCCAACUCACUGAAAUUCGAAUUCCGAGUUUUACCAGAACAAAUAUUGAACAAUGGACCAUUACUGGAUAGUUCGUACACUUGGAGAUGCGAAAUCACCCUGGAACAGCGGUCCAGUGCAGUUCGCGAUAUUUUCCAGCUGAAGGACGUGAUCAAUAGUGCUUUGGCUUCGAACGCGAGUAGUGGUAGUUUAUCGGAGCACCAAGAGGAGGAGACUUUGCCAGAGUACGCUCCGUAG